AUGAAGGUGAUUUGGCGGAAGAAGAAACUCUGCAGGCAGCAUUACCUGUGGGCCCUGGGCUGCUAUUUGCUGCUGGCCAUUGUUGCUCUGAGAUUCUCUCUCAGAUUGAAAUGCGACUUUGAUUCCCUGGAUCUGGAGUCCAGGGACUUUCGAAGCAAGCACUGUAGGGACAUCUUGUACAAGUCCCUGCAGUUGACAGCAAGGAGAUCCAUCAACUGUUCCAGAAUCAUCCAAGGGGAUAAGGAAGCAGUGAUUGAGGCUCUCCUGGACAGGCUGGAGGUCAAGAAGAAGCGGGAGCCUUUCACAGACACUGACUACAUCAACAUGACCAGAGACUGUGAGUACUUUAAGGCCAAAAGGAAGUUCAUACAGUACCCACUCAGCAAAGAGGAGUUAGACUUCCCUAUUGCAUACUCUAUGGUGGUCCACGAGAAGAUUGAAAACUUUGAGAGGCUGCUGAGAGCUGUGUAUGCCCCUCAGAACGUAUAUUGUGUCCACGUGGAUGAGAAGUCCCCAGACACUUUCAAAGAGGCAGUCAGGGCAAUUAUUUCAUGCUUCCCAAAUGUCUUCCUGGCCAGUAAGUUGGUUCGGGUGGUUUAUGCCUCCUGGUCCAGGGUGCAGGCGGACCUGAACUGUAUGGAAGACUUGCUCCAGAGCUCAGUGCCCUGGAAAUACUUCCUGAAUACAUGCGGAACAGACUUUCCUAUAAAGACCAAUGCCGAGAUGGUCCUGGCCCUCAAGAUGUUGAAUGGGAAGAACAGUAUGGAGUCCGAGAUCCCUACUGAGUACAAAAGAUCUCGCUGGCAAUAUCACUAUGAGGUAACAGACACAAUAUACAUAACUAACGAGAGGAAGGACCCUCCCCCUAAUAAUGUACCUAUGUUCACGGGGAAUGCCUACAUUGUGGCUUCUCGAGGCUUUGUCCAGCAGGUCUUCGAGAACCCCAAAGCCCGGCAACUGAUUGAGUGGGCAAAAGAUACCUAUAGCCCCGAUGAACACCUCUGGGCCACGCUUCAGCGUACUCCAUGGAUGCCUGGCUCUGUUCCCUACCACCCCAAGUUUCACAUGUCAGACAUGGCUGCGAUUGCCAGGCUGGUAAAAUGGCAGGGCCAUGAAGGAAACAUCAGCAUGGGGGCACCUUAUGCACCUUGCUCUGGAACCCACCAGCGGUCUAUCUGUAUUUAUGGCAUUGGGGACCUUCACUGGAUUCUUCAGAACCAUCACCUGUUGGCCAACAAGUUCGACCCAAAGGUGGAUGAUAAUGUUCUUCAGUGCUUAGAAGAAUACUUACGGUAUAAGGCCAUCUACAGACUGAACUCUGAGAUACACUGAGAGAACUGCUACCUCACACUGAAAUGUGGGGCAAGAACAUGUGCAAACAUGCCCAGAUUGUGCUGGGACAGUGCGGGGAGGGAGACCAGGUCUCUGGAAUCCACCGCAUCCCGCGGGGUUAGGGGGCUGCUAUUGGAGUGUGGGUAAGUAGCUCUGUUGCCUUGCAAAUUGCUAUCCCGGAUGAACACUGACUUAGCUCACCCCACUCCCAGUAGCCCCUGCACUGACUUUCUCACAGAGUGAGCAUAAGAACUAGUUAUCUGGGAGAGCCAGGGAGGGAAGGGUGACAGGGGACCCUGGACUUCAGUUGAAUGCUUGGUGUCCAGCUUUUCCAUUCUGUGGAGAUGCCAUUCCUAAUAAUUCUAGGCUUGGUAGG